GGUCCCCCGGGGUCGGGGGGGGUGGGGGGAGGAGGAGCAGACGGCGGUGUCUCGGCCAUGGCCCGCGCCCAGGCUUUCGUUCUGGCGCUCACCUUCCAGCUCUGCGCGCCGGAGACCGAGACUCCGGCAGCUGGUUGUACCUUUGAGGAGGCAAGUGAUCCAGCAGUGCCCUGUGAGUACAGCCAGGCCCAGUACGAUGACUUCCAGUGGGAGCAAGUGCGGAUCCACCCUGGCACCCGGGCCUCUGCGGAUCUGCCCCACGGUUCCUACUUAAUGGUCAAUGCCUCUCAGCAUGCUCCAGGCCAGCGGGCCCAUAUCAUUUUCCAGAGCCUGAGUGAGAAUGACACCCACUGUGUGCAGUUCAGCUACUUCCUGUACAGCCGGGAUGGGCAUAGCCCCGGUACCCUGGGUGUCUAUGUGCGUGUGAAUGGGGGCCCCCUGGGCAGUGCUGUGUGGAACAUGACUGGAUCCCACGGCAGGCAGUGGCACCAGGCCGAGCUGGCUGUGAGCACCUUCUGGCCCAAUGAGUACCAGGUGCUGUUCGAGGCUGUCAUCUCCCCAGACCAGAGGGGCUACAUGGGACUAGAUGACAUCUUGCUUCUCAGCUAUCCCUGCGCAAAGGCGCCCCACUUCUCCCGCCUGGGUGACGUGGAGGUCAACGCCGGCCAGAACGCAUCGUUCCAGUGCAUGGCGGCUGGACGAGCGGCCGAGGCAGAGCGCUUCCUGCUGCAGCGGCAGAGUGGGGUGCUGGUGCCUGCGGCCGGGGUACGGCACAUCAGUCACAGGCGCUUCCUGGCCACUUUCCCGCUGGCCGCUGUGGGCCGAGCCGAGCAGGACUUGUAUCGCUGCGUGUCCCAGGCCCCGCGCGGCGCGGGCGUCUCCAACUUCGCAGAGCUCAUCGUCAAAGAGCCUCCCACUCCCAUCGCACCGCCACAGCUGCUGCGUGCCGGCCCUACGUACCUCAUCAUCCAGCUUAACACCAACUCUAUCAUCGGCGAUGGGCCGAUUGUGCGGAAAGAGAUUGAGUACCGAAUGGCCCGCGGCCCUUGGGCCGAGGUGCACGCGGUCAACCUGCAGACCUACAAGCUGUGGCACCUCGACCCGGACACGGAGUACGAGAUCAGCGUGCUGCUCACACGCCCCGGGGACGGUGGCACCGGCCGCCCGGGACCUCCACUGCUCAGCCGUACCAAGUGUGCAGAGCCCAUGAGGGCCCCCAAAGGCCUGGCUUUCGCUGAGAUCCAAGCUCGUCAGCUGACUCUGCAGUGGGAGCCCCUGGGCUACAACGUGACACGCUGCCACACCUAUACCGUGUCCCUUUGCUACCGUUACACCUUGGGCGGCAGCCACAACCAGACCAUCCGAGAGUGUGUGAAGAUGGAGCGAGGCGUCAGCCGCUACACCAUCAAGAAUUUGCUGCCCUACAGGAACAUACACGUGCGCCUGGUCCUCACGAACCCCGAGGGACGCAAGGAGGGCAAGGAGGUCACCUUCCAGACAGAUGAGGAUGUGCCUGGUGGGAUUGCGGCUGAGUCCCUGACCUUCACUCCACUGGAGGACAUGAUCUUCCUCAAGUGGGAGGAGCCUCAGGAACCCAAUGGCCUCAUCACUCAGUAUGAGAUCAGCUACCAGAGCAUCGAGUCCUCAGACCCAGCAGUGAACGUGCCGGGCCCACGACGCACCAUCUCCAAGCUCCGAAAUGAGACUUACCAUGUCUUCUCCAACCUGCACCCUGGCACCACCUACCUGUUUUCUGUGCGUGCCCGCACUGGCAAAGGCUUUGGUCAGGCGGCCCUCACUGAGAUCACCACCAACAUCUCAGCUCCCAGCUUUGAUUAUGCCGACAUGCCAUCACCCCUGGGCGAGUCUGAAAACACCAUCACCGUGCUGCUGAGGCCGGCCCAGGGCCGUGGAGCACCCAUCAGCGUGUACCAGGUAGUUGUGGAAGAAGAGCGUCCACGGAGGCUGCGGCGGGAGCCAGCUGGCCAGGACUGCUUUCUGGUGCCUCUGACCUUCGAGGCAGCGCUGGCUCGUGGCCUGGUGCACUAUUUUGGGGCUGAACUGGCAGCCAGCAGCUUGCCUGAGGCCAUGCCUUUCACUGUGGGUGACAACCAGACCUAUCGUGGCUUCUGGAACCCACCGCUUGAGCCCAGGAAGGCCUACCUCAUCUACUUCCAGGCAGCAAGUCACCUUAAAGGGGAAACCCGGCUAAACUGCAUCCGAAUUGCCAGGAAAGCUGCCUGCAAGGAGAGCAAGCGGCCCCUCGAGGUGUCCCAGAGAUCAGAGGAGAUGGGGCUCAUUCUGGGCAUCUGUGCGGGCGGCCUUGCCGUCCUCAUCCUCCUCCUGGGGGCCAUCAUCGUCAUCAUCCGCAAAGGGAGGGACCGCUACGCCUACUCCUACUACCCGAAGCCAGUGAACAUGACCAAGGCCACCAUCAACUACCGCCAGGAGAAGACCCACAUGAUGAGUGCUGUGGACCGCAGCUUCACGGACCAGAGCACCCUCCAGGAGGACGAGCGGCUGGGCCUGUCCUUCAUGGAUGCCCCUGGCUACAGCCCCCGGGGGGACCAGCGCAGCGGCGGGGUCACUGAGGCCAGCAGCCUCCUGGGGGGCUCGCCCAGGCGUCCAUGUGGCCGGAAGGGCUCCCCGUACCACACUGGGCAGCUGCACCCCGCGGUGCGCGUGGCCGACCUCCUGCAGCACAUCAACCAGAUGAAGACCGCCGAGGGCUAUGGCUUCAAGCAGGAGUACGAGAGCUUCUUUGAAGGCUGGGAUGCCACAAAGAAGAAAGAAAAGCUUAACAGUGGCCGGCAGGAGCCAGUGCCUGCCUAUGACCGGCACCGUGUGAAGCUGCACCCGAUGCUGGGAGACCCGGAUGCUGACUCCAUUUCUGCCAACUACAUAGACAUUCGGAUAAACCGUGAAGGUUACCACAGGUCAAACCACUUCAUAGCCACUCAAGGGCCGAAGCCUGAGAUGAUCUACGACUUCUGGCGCAUGGUGUGGCAGGAGCACUGUGCUAGCAUCGUCAUGAUCACCAAGCUGGUAGAGGUGGGCCGGGUGAAGUGCUCGCGGUACUGGCCCGAGGCCUCAGACAUGUACGGGGACAUCAAGAUCACGCUCGUGAAGACGGAGACGUUGGCUGAGUAUGUCGUGCGCACCUUUGCCCUGGAGCGGAGAGGCUACGCAGCCCGGCACGAGGUCCGCCAGUUCCACUUUACAGCAUGGCCGGAGCAUGGUGUCCCCUACCACGCCACGGGGCUGUUGGCCUUCAUCCGGCGUGUGAAGGCCUCCACCCCUCCUGAAGCCGGGCCCGUUGUCAUCCACUGCAGCGCAGGCACCGGCCGCACAGGCUGCUACAUUGUCCUGGACGUGAUGCUGGACAUGGCAGAGUGUGAGGGAGUCGUGGACAUUUACAACUGUGUGAAGACCCUCUGUUCCCGACGUGUGAACAUGAUCCAGACCGAGGAGCAAUACAUCUUCAUUCAUGAUGCAAUUCUGGAGGCCUGCCUGUGUGGGGAGACCACCAUCCCUGUCAAUGAGUUCAAGGCCACCUACAGGGAGAUGAUCCGCAUUGACCCUCAGAGUAAUUCCUCCCAGCUGAGGGAAGAGUUCCAGACGCUGAACUCGGUCACACCGCCGCUGGACGUGGAGGAGUGCAGCAUUGCCCUGCUGCCUCGCAACCGCGACAAGAACCGCAGCAUGGACGUACUGCCCCCCGACCGCUGCCUGCCCUUUCUCAUCUCCACGGACGGAGACCCCAACAACUACAUCAAUGCGGCCCUGACUGAUAGCUACACGCGGAGCGCGGCCUUCAUCGUGACCCUGCACCCACUGCAGAGCACCACCCCGGACUUCUGGCGGCUGGUCUACGACUACGGGUGCACCUCCAUUGUCAUGCUCAACCAGCUUAACCAGUCCAACUCUGCCUGGCCCUGCCUGCAGUACUGGCCUGAGCCAGGUCGGCAGCAGUACGGCCUCAUGGAAGUGGAGUUUGUGUCGGGCACAGCAGAUGAGGACUUAGUGGCUCGGGUUUUCCGGGUACAGAACAUCUCUCGGUUGCAGGAGGGCCACCUGCUGGUGAGGCACUUCCAGUUCCUUCGUUGGUCUGCUUACCGGGACACGCCUGACUCCAGGAAGGCCUUCCUGCACCUACUGGCCGAGGUGGACAAGUGGCAGGCCGAGAGCGGGGACGGGCGCACUGUGGUGCACUGCCUCAAUGGGGGCGGCCGCAGCGGCACCUUCUGCGCCUGCGCCACAGUCCUGGAGAUGAUUCGCUGUCACAGCCUGGUGGAUGUUUUCUUUGCUGCCAAAACGCUUCGGAACUACAAGCCCAAUAUGGUGGAGACCAUGGAGCAGUACCACUUCUGCUACGAUGUGGCCCUGGAAUACCUGGAGGCGCUGGAGUCAAGAUAGCGGGCCCCUGGCCUGGGCUGCCCACUGAGCACUCAGGGCCCGGCCUGCCAUUCCAGACAGGUGAAGAGGACCUAUGCCCAGCUCUGCUCAGCCAUAGCCCCAAGCACUGGAGUGGACACUGGGCUAUCUUGCUGGUCCUUGUGGGCAGGCUGCAGGCCAAGAUUAGCAAGACAGCAGUCAGCCCCACCUCCAGAGGGUAGCUUGCAGGCUGAUCUGGAGAGGCCAGGGACGGUGACAGUGGCCAGAACAGCUUGCGGUAGUGGGACCCAGGCCAGGCCCCUUGACUCCAUCUCAGCCCUUGACAGAGAUGCUUGGGGCCCUGCAGAGAGUGUCCCAGGCCAAGCUUUCUAUCCCACGUGGCCUCUUCCGCACAUGGGUGGAGGGUGCCCAUCCCCAGUCUCACCUGGCCUGGCCCCUGAGUAUUCUGGGCAGCUGGAGCUUUGUCCUGACUUGCCAUGGGACACGUUGACCAUGUUGCAGCUCCCUCCUCCACCCCACGACUCCCUGCAGACCCCAGUGUGCUUUGCCAGCCAUGGUUCUCCUCUGCUGCGUCCCGACAUGUGCUCUGAGCUUCCUGGAGCAGGACCUGCUCCUCUCCUGAGCCCUGUCCCUGCCUGGUCCCGUGUCUGCAGAUGAAGUGAGCUCAGCUGUCCCUCCCCUGUCCUUCAGGCCUCCAUGGCCUGCUCCUGCUCGGCUUGGGUUGGUGACACUGCAAGGCUGAACAUGGCCCCUGGGGUUGAGGUGUCUGUGGCUCCUGGACAGGCUGUCCUUGGGUAGAACAGGGCUAGUCACAACCCAUAGAGUUUGCAGGAAAAAGGGGUGCUAUGGGAUAUGGGAUGGUGGACCAGAUUUUUUUUUUUGCUUAUUUUUUGGUGUGGGUGGGUGGGAAGUUCUCUUUAAAAUGGGGUAGGCCACACCCCCUUCCGUGCCUCAAUUUCCCCAUCUGUAAACUGUAGAUACAACUACUGACCUACCUCGCAGGGGGCUGUGGCGAGGCAUAUGGUAAUGUUUGUAAAGCGCUUUGUAAAUAAAUGUGCUCUCUGAAUGCCA